UUCAUACUCUCUUCUUCUUCUUCUUCUUCUUCUUUCUUCUUCAUCGUCAUCAGUCGACACACAGCCAUGACCAGACAAUGCCACCACCGCCCCUGGAGACCCUGAGGAGCACGACACCCGCACCACCACCACCACCACAGCCCUCAUCCUCCCCAUCCGCCUACAACUCCCGCAUCAAGCUUCCCACGCCCCCAUUCCCAGCAUGCCUCUCCCAGCAGUCUCAAAGCAACAACAGCAUUGAGGUCCAGCUGCCGCCCCUCGUCGCAGGCGCCCUCGUCGCUUCCUUUGCAAAGACGCUCGCCGACGGCCUCGGCGGCAGCGAGCUCCUCCUCGCGCACUACUACUGCUACCUCCCAACGCACCGCCGCGUCCGGCCCAACCUCGACAUCGUCGUGGACCGCCUCCUUGCCGCGUUCGCGAGGCAGCUCUGGGACGAGCUGUUCCGGUUCUACCACGACGCCGACCAGCCCUCAGGCGAGCAGCUCUCGCGGCAGGUCUCGCUGCUGUUCCAGGGCCCCGUCAGGCAGCUCGUGCUCAUACUCAACGGCCCGGAGACGGCGCGCUGCGUGCUCGAGGAGCUCGGCCCGGGGCUGUCGAGACGGCCGCUGACGUGGUCGAUCAAUGCCCGGGGCAUCGACUUCCAGCUGGCGCUGCGGCUGCUGUGCGGCUUCUGGCAUCGAGAGUUUCCGGAGCAGUCGCCGGGGGGUUCGCCGGAGCAGAUUGCGCGCGCGCUGCACACGCUCAUCACGACGGGGGAUGCGGCUGCGACGCUCGUCGCCGAGAUGAAGAGGCUGCUCUUGUCGCCGCAUUACGUCCAGAUGCACUUUGCCGAGGCGGCCAUCUGGGACAUUGUCCUCAAGAGGCCGGACAGACCACCCGCGGACGGGUUUCACAUUGUCCAGUUCAGGUAUGAGUGUCAGCUCUUCAAUCCUCUGGGGGGCGGCUUCGGCGAUCUCGCGUAUAUCCGUUUGGCGUCCCUGCCGGUGGUGACGGGGACGGCGGCCGAGCACGUCUGCAUGACGGUGGCAGAGUACACCGAGCGGCAGUGGCCGCAAUGCGGGCCCAUCGUGCUGCAAUGCCUGGACGAAGCGCUCUUCAAUGCGGCAUCGUCGCUCCUCCAGGGAGAGGCAUUCUCGGGCAUGUCCGUCUGGGACGGCAGCGACGGCCAGGGCGCGCAGUGUCCGGGCUUGAGGUUCAUCCACGUCGAGACGGAAGGGUCGUGGAUCCGGAUGAGCGUCAGCGCAAAGAUCCGCACCCUGGUCGACGUCUUCCAGCACAUGUCCUGGUUCUGUGCCGCGGUGAGCGCGUCGCCGUUCCCCGGGGAGGUGGCCGAGAGCACGACGGAGGUGGCGGAUUGGGCGUAUGCCGACGGGAACGUCUAUGUGAGCUGCAGCCUGAAUCACAGUAUCGUGCCUGAGGCUGAUGGGUCGCCCUGGCUGAGAAGUUUGCCGAGGAGUGCCAUUGCGAGUGGGUUUCCUGUGGAUGGGGCUGUUUCUUCGGACGUGGUGAUGUGAUGGUACGAUGGUGUCGUAGCUCCAUGACAUUGUAUAUAGCGGGAGGCAAGCACGGAGAG